UGUUUUCAGCUUUUCAGUCACGUAUUCUUGAUUCGUCAGUUCGUUUAAAAGUCGUUUCUCCGUUUGUAAUCAAGCACAGGACAUUUAUAAUACAUAUCAAGUAGACAUCGCGUUCAUAUGACUGACGAUUGUUAUGACGUCGAAAAGGGAAUGAACAAGCAGGUGUAUUAAAAAAAAAAGUUAGAGCACGGUGUGAGGUUGUCCUUCAGUUAAAAGGCAUCGAACCAAUUACCAGAGAAUCAGGCUCAAUUAAAAGGCGAACAACAAUCGUUACAAUGACUGCCGCUUACACGAACGAUCCUAUAACCCAGGAACAGCACGUCGAGAAGAAGACAAGCACGACAGUUAAUAAAACAUUGUGCAACAAGAAAGAACAAACUACGCGUGAAGGAAAUAUAGAAAUUAGUUCUGUGGAAGUGAUGAAGAUUGCAACAGGUGGUCAAGAUCAAAUGGAAAUUCCAGUUAAUCAGGAAAGACCUCCACUCUGUAUAUCGAUUAAUACGUCCAUUUUUGCUGAACAAAAGGAUAAAGUAGAAAACAAAGAUAAGACUAUCUUGGAAUGCAAGACAUCUUCCGUGGCUGUUGAACUUUCCGAGAAAAAUGAAAAUAUAACUACAAUCGCCAAUGAAGACACAACUAUAAAUUCUGCUGAAAUGAAAACUAACGAAGUGUGGAUAGACAGUGAUAUAAGUGUAGCAAAUUUGACAAGUUCCGAUGUGGUUGUAGCAACAGGACUCGAUGUAUUCCUCAAUGAAGGAGACACUCCAAAUACCACGUCGGAAACACGCGGUAAAGAUUCCCCUACGAAGGAUACUUUUAACAUGCAAGAAUUACAAAAUGACAUUGAAACUAUUGUUACGAAACCCACAAACUUUUUAAGCAAUUAUGAAAUUUCUAAUGAGCUAUCGGAAUGUGCGGAUUUUCGAAAUAUUUCUAAAGAAAUGUAUGAUCCGGAAAGUGAAUUGAAUUUCCACGAGGCUGUACGUGCUGGAGACAAUAGAUGCGUCGCAGCGCUUCUUGCAAGGGACUCUGUACAAAACCUGGACGAACCGGAUUGGAAUGUUUCAGGUGAUCCGCCUCUAUUAGUGGCCGCCACCAAUCAUUGUUUGCCUAUCCUCAGUUUACUACUUGCAAACGGAUGCGAUCCAGCUGUGCGCUCUCCUCGCGGUGAAACGGCGCUUCACAGAGUGAUUUUGAACGGAGGUCCAGGAAAUGUGCUACAAUUUGUGGGAGAACUUCUAAAAUAUGGCUGUCCGUCUGGUGUUAAAGAAGCUGGAGGUGGAUUGACUGCUUUACAUAUACUAACACGGCAAUUGGCGCACGCACAAGGAUCAAAGAAUCUUCAUCACAAUUUCGAGGCGGCUCUGAAGACUCUCGAUUUAUUAGCGCGAGCUGGUUCUAUAAAUGCAAAGGAUCAUCAAGGCCGUAGCGCACUUCACAUUUUAGCUUCCUCCACUAUCUUCGAUAACAAUCACAGAACAGAAAUUGAGUUAUUAAUUGAAACCUUGUUAGCUGCUGGUGCUGAUCCAUCAUUGAAAAACGAUCGAGGAGAAACUACUUUACAUGAGUGUCUUGAAUGUGGUGCUUUAAACACAGCAUUUUUACUUGUGCCGCACACGUUAACUGGUAUUAUGUCGCGCUAUGGUGAAACACCGUUGCACAUUGCCUCUAGAAAAAACUAUGCUGACAUGGUAGCAAAAUUAUUAGAACAAGGAGAAGAUCCCAGUGUACAAGAUGCCGGUGGCAAUACACCAUUGCAUCUUGCUUCUGCGAGGGGUUUUCAUCAAAUAGUUUCUUUAUUAGUUACAUCGCCUUUGGCACAGUUAGAGAAACUUAACAGCGAGGGCUUGACUGCUCUCCAAGUAGCCGCAGAAAGUGGUUUUGUUAAUGCAGUAAAACUGUUGUUAAAAGCGGGUGCGGAUCCAAGUCAAACAGUACACUAUUGCACGACUACUCCCCAUCGUCAUCCUGAUAUUUCCGAUUUAAUAGAUCACGAAUUAAUGAGACGUCGUCAACUCGCUGCCUAAUUAUAUCUGUAUUACUUUUUGUUAAGAGGGCAUUUAUUUAAUAAAACUGAGUAAUAUCUGUA